UAUCCGUGCGUGCGUCUACAUGGACUCCACGAUGUCUCUUAAAAGGUAUGAUACAAAGCUUUAUUUUGUUCACGGGAAAUAUGGAGUUCCAUAACUUUGUGAUAAAAUAUGCAACUUCAUAUUGGUAAACAUCUAUGUUUGCAAUAGACUGUAAUGUGAGUUACUGAUUGAAAAGGAAUAUGAAAAUGUGAUCUGCUUUGGUUACAGUGAUUUCACAAGAACGCUAGACAUGGCCAGUAUCGUUGCGGCUUAUCAAAAACCAUGAAAGCAUAAUGUCUUCUUUUGAGGAGGCAAUGUGGACAUAUUUGUGUAAAAAAUUUAGAACACCUUGUCUCAGGCAGGGUGCUGACCUUACAUUUAUCAAAACGGAAGUGAAUGUUGCAGUUGAUGGAAAGGAAUAGCAGCGGGUGAUAAUGUGAGUGCAGACUACUUUGGAUUACUGACAAGGGCAGGACUAACCUGUUAGAUGAAGGUAUCUGAAUGGCUCUCCAAACUCAGGAAGGGGGGUGGGGGAGGUGGAGGGAGGAGUGUUGGAGAUGUAUCGGGAGGAAAAGGAAAAAAAAGGUUUGACGGCGAUUUCGAAGAGACCCUGCAGGCAUCUUCGAUCAGCACCCCUAUUCUUCUGCACUCCACUAGUCAUUUGCUGAAUCCGCCCAUCAGCGUAGGAAGGGGAAACAAAAAAUGCCCCAGGACAGCUGCCUCCGUCAGCACGCCUGUCCUCCCUCAUUCCUGCGGCAGCAGGAAGCUCGGGAAGGACAUUGGCGAGAGUCGAUCCCCAUCGUCCGAUGCUGUUUCCUUUCACGGUGGCCUUAGAGACCACGAGUUCUCCAGUGGGUACUCCUUCCAGCGGGAUGCUGCAUUGCGGCAUAGCAUCAGCAGUAGCAAUAGGAGUAGCAACCGAAGCACCACCUUAAGCCAGAGCAGUUGCAACUCUGUCUCUUACGUGCCUGACAGACCUCUUGGUGUUAAUGCAAGAAAAAUUGAUUCAGGUAAUUCCAGGAUUCCUAUGCCAGUGCAGAGUGCCUCCGAAGGGGUCAACACAAAGAGUUGUGUUUUGAGAAGCUUCAGCCAGAGUACGAAAAGCUUUGUAACGAGCGGAAGCCAAGAUAGGGGAGAUACCACGACACUGAAGAGGAGUGCUAGUGUUGCGAAGAGCAGUGGUUUGACUCGGCCAACCGGAGGCUUUGGUGAAGAUAGACGAAGGACCAUCACCACCCAGUCCUUCAGAAGGAAAGAUCCCUCCCCUAGUGGGAUCAGAGGUGUUCCCUUUGAUAGCCACAUGGAGUCUGUGAAGGAAGAAAGCACUCUAAAGAAGACUGCCAAAGAUCGCUCCUCUCUCCGAAAUCCCUCGGCAGACAAGAAGUUUUCUCAGAAGGAAGGAGAGAGGGAUAAAACCAAGAGGAAAGAUUCCCUUUCAUCAUCAUUUCGAUUCUUCAGGAAACCAGAAACCAUUCCCAUCAAAAGAACUAGUGAUAACAAUAAGAGGGAGGUGCCCCCAAGAAUGAACAGCUUCAGUUCAUCCCAUGGGCCUCAGCAAACAAAAACAACUGCUGCUCUUAAUCCAAGAAUUCAGCCUCCAUCAAAACCAUCAUGUGAGAAAAGUAUAUUUGGGAGAGGUAGACCUAAUACUGUGACUGAAGGGUCUCUUGGGAAAUCCAAAGUAACUCCAGAUCUUAAUUCUUCAGUACAGAGGCAUCGAUCGUUCCGUGUUCUGCGACCAAUAAAUAUACCGCCUUUGCAAUCCAACGCAAACGCACAGAAAACUCGGGUGUCGACAAGAAACUCAAAACUUCCAAGAAUCCAACAGACCCUCUGGGGAAGAUGACUAACGAGAAAACCUUGAAAAAGCAGAAGCCAAAAGUUGCUGCUAAGUGCAAAUGCACAGUUACAAGCUAUUGCAUGCACUGCAGAGAUGAGAAGGACAGAGCGAAGGAGCACAAUCAGUCCUCCCAGAGGACAGAAAACAAACCCAGAAC